AUGAGUGCAACACUGGUAAACAUUGCCGAAGAAGACUUCUUCGGCACGGUCAUACGAUACGGUCUUUACGUUGGUGCAAUUUUUCAAAUGGUCUGCCUAGCUGCGUGUAUCGUUCUGCCUGAUUCAUCCGGAGGAAACGGAGAGCCGGGAAGCUGGUCACCAAAGAAUAACGACAGCGAAGACUCAAGUUCAGAGCAUUCAUCACCACAAAACACUCCUAGACGGCCUUACCACCGCAGCCGUAAGCAAGACAAGAAGAAGCGACGCUAAACCACCUCAUCGGUUGGUGUCUCAAUGAAACAUUCCAAUGCUAACCCCUACGAAGUUUACAUUCCUAAGCUAUAUCGGCCACCCUCUUCCCUCACGCUCGUUGUCUAUGUUAGAAUGGCUUAAGUGUGUGUUUUUUUAGAAACCCAACUCUACGAAUCUCGAUGUGUACUUAAAGCCUGAUUGAAGCAUAGCGCGAAUAGUCGUUUUACUUAACCUCCUGUGUUGCUGCAGCACGCAGCGAUUGUGACUGUAGUAAUGUAUUUAUUAAA